CAACAGUGACAUCAACAAUGUCCGAGGCUGCAGGGCGCCCAUGGGCCAUUUGCAACUUGCAAGCGAUGCCAUGGAUGGCUUUCACGGGUUCACCGAACACCAUACCGUAUCCUUCAGGCCUCUCCAACUGGGGAAUGUACCGUAGAUGGUGAAGUUGAGGUGAAACUUGGCAAUCUGGAGUUGCUGUAAUUCAUGGAGGGCAUCGUCGUACUGCGUUGGUGAAUACUGGAGAGCGGCACCAGUCAUGUUCGUUUUGGCGGGAGGUCUUUGACAGGUCUGAUGGAACUUGGAUCAGAACCACUCAGCAGCAUGGAGUGGGCAAAGAAGGUGAUGGAAGAAAUGAUGGAUGCCACGGUGCAUUCUGAUGGCGUGGCUCCUGGCCUGUCUGGUCAUGCCAUUGAGGCUCUGGCCAGCAUCUUUGGUGGACAGCUUACAGCAGGCACGAUGAAUGGAGAUGGAGGUGUGAAUGAACAGGAUGCGCCGCCGGUGCCCAGCAGCCAGCUGAGCGAGCUGUGGGCAGGCCUGGCGGGAAGCUCCGGGCGGUUGAGCCAGCUGGUGUCGGGGCUGCGGCACCCCAUGGAGGGCGGGGGGCCCGCAGGCCAGGGGGCUGCCGCAGCCUACUUGGGCAUGCUUCUUGCCCCAGGCUGCCCGCUGUACAGCCUGUUUGACACACUGACUUUCCUGGCGCUGCUCAAAUGCAUACAGGAGGCGAGCAGAGAGGAAGCCAAGAGAGACAUUGGGAGUCGCACGGGGGAGAUGUCAAAGAAAAAGGCCGGGAAGAGGCGAGGGGGAACCCGCGAUGAGUCUGAGCCCUGCGAUGCAAGCGAGCCUGCCCUGGAUGACGUGGACACAGGAGGGAGUGCAACCUAUGCUCCGAACCCCGGCCAUGCGGCGAGGUUAGCAAGACGGCUGGUCACCGGAGACCUCCUGGUUGGCCUGACGAAGCUGCUCGGGAAGCUGCCCCUGGCCGAUCAGCCAGAGGCCAGGAAAGUGCUCAUUGACACACUAGCGGAAGCGGCCCGGGGCGGAGCCGCGGGUGGGGGCCAGCGUGCCACUGAAGUUGCGUACGCGGCGCUGCUCCGGCUCUUUGAGCUGGAGCAUGGUGUGCCACUGGAGACAGGAGUGGCCAUCAUGCGGGCAGUGACGCCCAGUGUGCUGCUCGCUUAUGAAAGCACAGGAGGGACGCCGGAUACCGAGCAGCGGCCGGCGAGACGGGGGGACGAGCAGGGCAGGACGAGGGCAGGCGUGCGGGCCCGGGCGAUUGCGUUUGUGUCCCAAGAUGUGCUGGAGUGGGCUAGGGCACAGGACGAGCAAGGGGGGCUUGACGGCAGCGGUCAGGGCGCGCAAGCGGACUGUCCUGAGAGUCCCAUUGCUGGUCCGUCUGAGGGCGGUGGCCAAGCAAGGACCCAGGCGGCCCCACAGCAGCCAAGGAGUACGAGUGGGAAGGCCGUGCGUCUGGCAGUAGCAGCAAUGCUGCGCCACCUGUCGCUGAAAGCAGCAGAUUUGAAAGCGGACGGCCGGGCCCUGGCAGUGGACGCAAUUGGCUGCAUUGCUGCACAGCUGGACAGUGGGGAUCUGCAUAAGUUCGCAAAGUUUGUGCUCCGACUGUCAAGGAACGCCAAGGUGUCCUUGCGCCACUUUGCUGUGGACCUCGCCGUGGGCCUGCUCACUCAGCUGGCGGACCCCUUCCACCAUGACAGCCCCCUCCCCGCUGGCAGCCCCCCCCCUCCAGUUCCCCCUCCUCGCUGCUCUGACAAGGCCCCCCAGGUGCGCUCGCGCGCCCUCACCAACCUGGCCACCGCCUGGGACCACGCCUGGGCCGAGCCGCGCCACCGGCCCUUCCUCCUGGACCUCCUGGGCCUGCACCCGCCACGAGAGGGGCCCCCGCAGGCAGCAGCCACCCCGCACUGGAACCCCUGGGGCGCAGUGGGGAGGAGCCCCAGCCCCCUCCCGGGGGACCUCUCCCCAGCAGCCUCCACCGCGCAGCCUGGCCCCGGGCCGUCCCCGCUGACCCCCGAGGCCGCGUACCGCAGCCUGGGCCCGCUGCUGCGGCGCAGGGCUGGCGACGGCAAGGCAGCCGUGCGGCGGGCGGCCCUGGGCCUGAUGGAGCAGCUGGUGCGCGGCGCGGGGAGUGCGCCCCACCUGGGCGCCAGAGACGGGCCGCCCGAAACUCCGGCGCAGCCUCCUGGGGGCCGGGGCACGCCUGCGGGGAACAAGGUGGGGGCGUUCCCCACAGGUGCGGACCUGGCAGUGAUGGAGGCGGCGUGCAGCGACCCCGCGCUGAGCGUGCGCAGGGCGGCCCUGGGGGCGAUCUCUGCGGUGCUGCGACGCUGGCCGGGCAACGCCGCGGUGGCCAACGCGUGGGCGCAGGCCGUGCUGCCCAUGGUGGCAGAUACGGAGCAGAGCGUGCAGGAGCGCUGCCUCGACCUGUUUCAAAAGCUCGUGCUGGACCGCGUUGCCCAGGCGGGGCCCACCGUGGCUCCGCCCCAGGGCCCUGCCAGGGCGAGCGGGGAGCCUGGUGUGCCACGCGAGGUGAUCACCGCCCUAGGCGCCUUAUCCCACCGCGGCGGCCCUGCGCCGGCCUGCCUCACGCGUCUGUGCGGCCUGCUGGCCAAGAAGGGUCGCCUCCAGCCGGGCGUGGCGGCCGCGCUGCAGCGGGUCAUCAUUGUAGCCGAGCGGUGGGGCACCAGCCGGCCCCAGGCGCCACGCGGGGCCUGGCUCCUGCUGGCAGAGGCGGCGGCGCACACGCCGGGGGCGGUCUCGUGGGAGUUCCUUCAGAGCCGGUGGCGAAAGCUGGGGGAGAGCGAGGACGGGAGUAAGGGCGGCGAAACGGGGCGGAACUACGGCACAGCGGGGCAGGAACGGGGCGGGGCCAGCGCUUCAGCGGCGGUGGAGGACCGGGUGUGCCUCCUCCGGACGAUUGUGCACGUGGCGGCAUGCUUCCCCGAGGACGCUGCGGCCCGCCUCGCCUCCGCCCUGCUGGCGAAGCUGCACAACUUUGCGCUGCGGCCGUGCGACGUGGGCCCGCACGUGGACGCCCUCGUGGUCCUCUGCGCGCGCACUCCGGGCGGGCAGGCCCAGCUGCGGCACACCGCGGCCGGCCUGCUGGAGCGCGCAGCCGACCUACUGGCAGCCCACGUCCGGGCAGGAGCGGGCAGCGAAAGAGCGGCCCAGCCGGACGGUCCCCCUGUGCCCUACACAGCGCCUGACAGCAGUGCUGCGGUGCCGUCGGAGGCAACGGUGGAGACCGCCUUGUUCACGGUGGGCGCGCUGGUGCAGGCCGCCAGUGACGGCCCGCCGCCCCCCCGGCUGGUGACGCUGGUGCAGUCCCUGGUGGCGGCCCCGUCCUCGGGCCGGGCCGUGCCCCGCGUGGCGGCGCAUGCCUGGGUGGCGCUGGGCAAGCUGUGCCUGGCGGACGAGCGGCUGGCCAAGCGCUGCAUGCCGCUGCUGGUGCAGGAGCUAGAGGGGGCUGCGUCUCCGGCGGUGCGCAACAACAUCCUGGUGGCGCUAGCGGACCUCUGCGUCCGCUAUACCGCGCUUGUCGACAGCUGGGUGGGGCGGCUGGCGGUGUGUUUGCGCGACGCGUGCGAGGUGGUGCGGCGGCAGGCGCUGCUGCUGCUGGGCAGCCUGCUCCAGCGCGAGUACGUCAAGUGGCGCGGCCCGCUCUUCCACCGCGUCCUGCGCGCCCUCGUCGACGACUCGCCCGCCGUGCGCCGCCUCGCGCACUGCCUCUUCCACGACGUUCUUGCCGCGAAGGCCCCGCUGCUGGCGUACACGCACUUCGUGGAGGCGCUCUCCGUGCUCAACGACUGCCCCGCGCUCCACUCCGACACCGUGCGCGCCGCCUCGCAGCGGGAGCGCGACCUCUUCUCCAUCAAGGGCCUGGACGCGGGCGCGCAGGCGCAGCGCGUGGUCAUCUACGACGCCCUCCUGGCGGCCAUGGCGCCCGAGCACCGCUUCGCCACCACCGCCAAGCUCUGCGCCGAGAUCCUGGGCGGCGUGGCGGAGGGCGCGCUGGCCCUGCCUGCGUGCGCGGGCGUGCUGCUGGACGCGCUGACAGUGGUGGCCAGCAAGGCCAUCCGCGCGGGGGCCAAGGGCCGCGCCGACGCCGACGACGACGCGCCCGACGACGGCGCGGGCGGGGCCGCGGCGGCUGCGGCGGCGGCCAAGGGACGGCUGGUGUCGGCGGUGAUGAAGAAGAACCUGAUGGAGAACGUGGUGCCCAUCCUGAUCGAACUCAAGAGGGUGCUGGAGGAGGCGCGCAGCCCGCUGCUGGGCCCGCUGAUGGAGUGCAUCCGCAGCCUGCUCAAGGAGUACAAGGCCGAGCUGGACGACAUCUUCGCAGCGGACCGCCAGCUGGGCAAGGAGAUUCUGUACGACAUCCAGAAGCACGAGGCCGCCGCCAAGGCCGCUGCUGCCGCCGCCCGCCUGGCCACCCCCGCCACCGCCGCCACCCACCGGCAGGGCGCCCCGAGGACCGGCGGCGCAACUCCACGUGGCACCCCGACGACUCAUCGCGGAGCAGUGUCGGGUCGGACAGUCGGCAGGAGGCCGGAGCAGCUGACCGCUCUUGAGUCGAUUCGAAGGACCGGCGGCGCAGGCUCGGCUGGGGCCAUGGGAAGGACACCUACCAGUCUGCAUGGUGCACCGGUGCCCGCGCAAGUCGGGGAGGGGGCUGGCGGGGCCACAUCAGCGGGAAGGCGCGACGGCGGGGGAGCGGAGCCCAUGGCGAGCAGCCCCGCGGGCGCCGCCCCGCCAGCGGCAGGGCAAGACGAGGUAGCGCAACCCGCGGCGGAGCACCGGGAUGAAGAACCGUCGUUCGAGUUCCAGCUGCCACAGCUCGAUGUAGAUCCCCCAACGCCGCAACAGACACGGCGGCUGGCCGGCCUUUUUGACGGUUUGGCGGCUGAUGCGGGCCACGUGCCCGAGGCAGGUAUGCCGGGCAGAGGAGGGGGCCUCACUGAAGAAGCGAGCUUCGAGAACGGUGGGCAGACCGGGAGCGGGGCCAGGGACACAGGGUGGCAGCCGGACCCCAGCAGCAGCACCCCCGUGCGCCCGGCAGCCUCAUUCGCGGCGGCCUUCCUGAGCCCGCCCCUCCGCCCCGCCCGCACCCCACUUGCCCGCUCCACGUUAGCCACGCCCCUGCCCGGCGGGCGGCCCCAGCUGGGCACGCCUGCUGCGCGCACCCCCGCGGCCACGCCCGCGCCUGGCCCGGGCAGCAGCGGCCGGAGCCCCACCCUGGGGCUCGUGCUUCAGGAGGGGGCCGCGGCCACUCCCUCCCUGCGUACGCUCUCCGUGCCCCGGCUGCGGCCAGGGGCGUCCCGCUGGGCCGAGCGGCAGGCACGGGCAGCGGCCCCUGGAGAGGACGGGAGGGCGCAGCGGCCAGCGGCAGAGCGGCGCGCGGAGGGGAAGGCGCCGAAAGCUGGGGCGGGCGCGGAGCGGAAAGGCGGCGGCGAGGCGGCGGAGGAGCAGGAGAACAGGAUGCCGCUGCCGUCGCCGCUGCCGGUCAGGGUAUAUGCGCCAGGGGCUGCAGAAGGUGGCAGGCCGGGCGGGGCGGCCGUGCUGCUCUUCUCGCCGGACCAGGCGCUGCCCCCCCUGCGGCAGUGGAACGUGCAGCUGCCCGACAGCCAGGAGACCACGAAGCGGCCGCACCGCACCCCCUCCAAGAGCCCGCUGGGCGCCCCUGCAGCGUCCUCGCCCUCCCCGACUGCCGUGCGGGACCUGCACAGCAACCGGCUCCGCACAGGGCUCGCACCCUGAGCCGGAACAUGACCGCUCAAGAGAAAAGGGUGCCGCAGCUGAGACGAAGUCUUGAUUGCCACUGUGCAACACACAUGUGCUUGGUACACUACGUUUAUUUAGUGGUCCGACUUAUGCAUACAUGAUGUGGACCUUUUCAGCUAUAAAUGUUGGGUCUAUUUGGUUUCUUUCCGUCCAGACCGAAACUAGAAUUAAGCAGUGUGCAUGAGCCUGCGCCUUGGUUACGCAAAGAAUUAGUUACAGUCUAGAGCGACUUUAAUGAGCACUCCUAACGCAUGUACUUUCAAGUUCGAGAUGGACGAACACAUUUGCAGUA